GCACAAGUGAUAAACCCUAACCCAAUUUCGGGUUUUACAGAACAUCUUGCUCUUUGUCAUCCCCAACAAGUCAUUAAUCCUCUCUCAGGUUCCACAAAUUUAUAAUCCAAGAAUUUAGAUUCGACAAUGGAGCAGGCUGUGCACAGUCGCCCUGUUUCCGAAGAAGACGACGAGGCAUUGAGCACCACCAAAAAACUUAAAUCAGAGGAGAAGUACAAAGAACACUCUGAAGAAGAGAUGCAAAAGCAACAUGAAUUCGAUUCCACGGAGGAAAAAGCUCUAGAAUGUUCCCAGGUUUCUGAAGACACCAAUAAAUAUACUCUUGUCACGGAUUGUAGAUUCAAAUUGCCCCAUUAUCUCACCGAGUUUGCUCUAGCGGAGUUUAACGCCAACCAGAAAGUGAUGUAUGAGAAAGUGAAUGUUCUUGAAACGAUGAAAUCGUUAAAUGUUAAUGAGGUUACAACUUAUCUUAUCACUUUUGAAGCCUCCUUGUCUGAUGAAACGAGCAAUAAUGUUCAAACCUUGCAAACAAAAAUAAUUAUGUCUCUACUAGACUACACUACGAAGAUAGAUGUUAAGUUUGUUAGGAUCAAACUCUCUGAAUUUGAUGUCAAUGAGGAAGAAGACUCCAGAGAAAAGCUUUCUGAAUCCAAUGAGGAAGAAGACUCCAAAGAAAAGCUUUCUGCAUCCAAUGAGGAGGAAGACUCUGAGGUCUCUGAAUCCAACACGGAAGACUCUGAGGCCUCUGAAUCCGACACGGAAGAUUCUGAAGAGCUAUUCGACUCUGACGAGCAAGAUACUGAAUCUGACAAGAAAGACUCUGAACAAGAAAAGCUCUCUGAAUUUGAGGAGGACGACCCUAAAGAAGAAAAGCUGUCAGACUCCGAUGAUGAUGAGCUCUGCAGUUAUGAGAUGAAACAAUACCUCAUUGAUGUGGAGAAGAGUGACGGUUUUGAGGUUGGAAACUAUCCACACGCGAAGAUCCCUUGUUGUAUGAUUCGUAGAUAUUACGACCCUCCAGGCAGGACUCAAUCUACCACCAAUCUCAAUAGACUAGUUUAUCUCUCUCGGUUGGCUAUUUGCAUCUAUAACAUGAAGGAGGACACGUACUUUGACAAUGUGAAAGUGCUCAAGGCAAUGGCUUUUGGCUGUGGGUGUACAAAUUACAAUAUCACUUUUGAAGCCUCCUUGUGUGAUGGAGAUCAUGUCACCUUCCAAACAAGUAUAUACAGGUCGGUUCCCCUUCCAUAUCGAAAUAUCGAGAUUCGUUUUGUUAGGAUCAAGCCUAGCAUUAAUCCCAAGGACAUCAGUACCUGAUAACAGGUCAUGCCAGGAGUCCAUACUUGCUGGCUGAUGAAUAUCGAUGCUUUGCUUUCAAAUUAUCAACUUAUAUGUAACCUGUUUCAAAUGUUUCGCUUCACCAUCCUGUUUUUUAAGCUGUGAAGAUGAAAAAAUGGGAUGCACCAGGCCUUCUGUGGCAGAAAACAGUGACAACUUUAGAUUCUUUCUAUUGGUUUUAAGUAUUCGUCUGUCUGUCGGGUUCUCAGGUUGUAGCUUAAGAUAAAUAAUGUGAACAUUUUGCAAUGCAUGCGUCCAAGACCAAGACGGUCUUUCCUGUCCUAAAAAUUGUUCUCAAUUUUUCUUUUAAUCAAAUCUUAAUUGGUAAUGUA